AUGGUGCAGCAGCUGAAGGCAUUGCCGCAAGAGGGGCAGGAGGGGCUGCUUCAGGGUCUGUGGCGCUGCCUGGAGGCGCAGGUCUCAGGCAAGGACAAAGAGUCCAGCACCAGUGUCCAGGACCUCCUGUCGCCGCUGAACCUGGACCCCUCGCUGCCUCUGGGCAAGAUGCUCCUCUUCCGCCUCUACGGGCUGGCGCUCAAGGAAAGCGCCAGCGCUGAGCUGGUCCAGUCCCACCUGACGACGCUCCUGGACCAGUCGCCCCUGUGGUUCAGUGAGCGGGAGGGCAUCGCGCUGGCCGUGGGUAUCACGUCCAUCUCGCACCUGGAGGCCACGUGGACAGUGCUGGAGCAGCAGGGCCAGGCGUGGUCCCUGAGGCUGCGGCCUGCGGCCACGGACAGUCAGGACCUGGUCCUGCGCUGGAAGAGGGUCAGCAGGACCUGCCUGCUGUGCUACGGGCAGGUGGCGCUGCACGCCGGUAGCCAGGCGCUGCCCUGGAUGGACAACAUCAUGGCUCGCAUCAUCUACUACUACUCCUGCGGCGGAUACGACAACGCCUUGAAAAGCAGCUUCCUGGUGGCCAGCACCAUGCUGCUGCGCGCGCUGCAGCGCUCGGAGGACGCCCAGAGCUACAAGUUCACACAGGUCCCAGAGCUCAUCCAGUGUCUCCUGAUCGCCCUGCAAAAGGAGCCCCCUAUCCUGGCCACCCACUUCCGGCAGAAGGCCAUCAUCGUCAUCGCAGGACUGAGCACCCUGCGUCCCGGCAUGAGCCCAGCGCUGCAGUCGCGCACGCUGCAGGUCUGUCUGCAGUCCCUCUACACGCUGCCGCCCCCCGAGCAGCUCCACAGCUCUCUGACUUCCCUGCACUCGGUCCCCGACGUCCUGAUGCUGUACCAGAAGAGCUCACAGGCCCUGGACCUGCUACUGCGGAAGCUUGUCCUGGACAACAACACCAUGGACGAGAUCUCCUUCAUCCUGCAGCACAUGGAGCCAUGGCUCGAGUCCAGCAGCACCCACGAGCGGCAGCGGGUCACCCGCUCCAUCUUCCUGCUGCUGCAGUACCUGGCGGACACCCAGAGGCUGACCGUGGGCCUGCUGCUGCUGCUGUGGCACGACGAGGACCGGGCCACUCAGAGCCACUCGCACCAGUGUGCCUACCUGCUGCUGCACCUCCUCCAGCAUAAGCAGAGCGUGGCCGAGUUCAUGCGCUUGAACAGACUGAAGAACGUGGAAGCGAAGACCUACCAGGAGUCGGAACGGAAGCUGUACCCCGUGGUGAAGGCCCUGAACAGGAACCUGUCAGUGGGGCAGCACACGCAGCUGGUGCUCACGCUCCUGCAGGGGCUCAGCAGCCACGGGCACCUGCGCAGCACUCUGGCCUCCCAGGUGCUCCUCACCAUCUUUGAAGACGGCUCCAUCAGGCCUGAGCAGGUGAUGGAGAUCCUGCAGGGCCUGUCCCAGAAACUGCCUAGCAUCAACUCCAAGGAUGUCCAGGUGGCCAUGCUGAGGGCCAUGACCCUGCUGGGAACCCAGUACCCACAGGAAUGUAUCGAGGUGAUGUUCAUGCUGAGUCCCCCCUCCGAGAGGAAGCUCAUUCCCCUGUGGAGGGCCCUAGUCACCACUGAACAGCUGGCCCACAAGAUCAUUACCCUGCUGUACAUGAACCUGAAGUUGCGGCUGCCCAGGGAGCUCGUCCAGCCGCAGGAGCAGGCGGAGGUCAUCUCCCUGCUGGCCCUCGGCACUAUCUACGAGCUCCUGUACGUCCCAGAGUUCAGGGCCACAGUGCACUGGGCCUUCGCCGGCAUCCUCCUGGGCUUGCUGACACAGAUGCUCUACUUGUUUGAGCUGGGCAUGGGGCAGGACCUCUCCCACUACCGGGAGGACAUCCUGGAAAGGCAGCCUCUGGGCCCUUGCAGGACCUGCCUGGAGGCGCUGAAAGGUCUCUUCUGGACCACCGGCAACUGGGAGGUGUUCGCCUACGUGAAGCUGCUGCAGGGCUGGGAGCUCUUUGAGCACCCUGAAACCUACACGGAGGGGUUGAGUCUCCUGGCCAGGGCCAUGGUACAGUACAGCUGCGAGAUCAAGGCUGUCCUGGGCCAAGCAAUCAUCUCCAUGAAGAGCUACGAGCAGCGGGACCACAAUGUGGCCAUCGUCCUGGUCACUGAGCUUCUCAACAGCCCGGACAUCACCCUGCAUGCCUCCCGGCAGAGCAUGAAAAACGUCCUGACGCUGGGCCUGCACAACUCCAGCCUGCUGGUGCAGACCACGAGUCUGAAGGGUCUGAGCAGCGUCAUGAUCCAUCCCAAGAAGGUAUCCCUGCUACAGAAAGAGCUGGUCCGGCUGCUGGACAGUUUCCUGAUGCCUGAGCCGCAAGACUUCGUGGCACUGGUGGCGCUCCUGGGGGAAAUCCUGCAUCACUUGGGAGCACGGGGCUCUCGGGUCUCCGACAUCAAGCUCCUGAUGCUGCUGCAGCCUCUGUUCGAUAACGGUCCCAGUGCCUUACAGGUCUACACCAUGAGACCUCAGCCUCUCCGCAGCGACCGGCUUGUACCCUACAAGGUCUGCGGGACAGGUGGUCACGGGUUCUGCAGCACAGAGCCAACCCCCUGCCUGUGGCUGCAGGAGCACGAGGAGGUGCGUGCCGCUGCCAUCAAGCUGUACGGGGAGGCCUUGCACAGCGGGAAGAAGUCCCGGAUCCAGCUCCAGAACCAGGUCUUCCAGGCUGUGGUGCCGCUGCUCCUACACCUGGCUGACCCCUGCCCCGAGGUGGUCCUGAAGACAAAGUUCACCUUCCUACGCUGUGCUACCCUGCUCAAGUGGCAGUUCCAGAAGGAGCUGUUCAGCAGGCUAGCGUGGGGCCAGGGCCUGGGAGCCGAGACUGACAUCUUCACCUACACGGUGGAGAGCAACUUCGGCAACUACCACCUGCUUCUGAUCCAGGGCUUGGCUUACUUAGAGAGCCCCUACCAGACCAUGAAGCUGGCGGCCAGGAAGUUCGUCGGGACCUUGCUGCAGGACUACUUCGCGGAUAUCUGCUUCUUCCUAAAGAGGGAUGGCAUCAAGAUCCUCAGGAGCAGCUUUGAGAGCCGUCGGGAGGAGGACCUGGAGAGCCGCAGGUUCUACCGGCAUUUCCAGGAGGACCUCGCCGAGCUGUCGCGCUGCACCUCUGACUGA